AACACUUUGGAUACAGCGCUGCGGCGGAGCGACAACGAUGUCGGAGCAGGAGUCUCUGAGGUGCUCCAGUGCCAGAAACCGCGGAGGCGUACAGAGAGUGGAAGGAAAACUGCGAGCCAGUGUAGAAAAGGGGGAUUACUAUGAAGCACACCAGAUGUACAGGACUCUAUUUUUUAGGUACAUGUCACAGGCAAAACAUGCUGAGGCCAGGGAGCUGAUGUACAAUGGCGCUCUACUCUUCUUCAGCUAUAACCAGCAAAACAGUGCAGCAGACCUGUCUAUGCUGGUGCUGGAGGUGUUGGAGAAAUCUGAGACAAAAGUUGAAGAUGAAAUAUUAGAACACCUGGCUAAGCUGUUCAGCAUGAUGGACCAGAACUCUCCAGAGAGAGUAGCGUUUGUGUCCAGAGCCUUGAAAUGGACCACAGGAGGAUCCGGCAAGUUGGGUCACCCAAAACUCCACCAGCUGCUGGCUGUCACCUUGUGGAAAGAGCAAAACUACAGUGAGUCUCGUUACCACUUCCUGCAUUCGUCUGACGGGGAAGGCUGCGCACAGAUGCUGGUGGAGUUCUCAGCGUCACGGGGCUUCCGCAGCGAGGUCGACAUGUUUGUGGCGCAAGCCGUCCUACAGUUCCUCUGCCUAAAGAACAAAAACAGCGCUUCCGUGGUGUUCAGCACAUACACAGAGAAACACCCGUCCAUAGAGAAGGGCCCUCCCUUUGUCCAGCCUCUACUAAACUUUAUCUGGUUUCUGCUGCUGGCAGUGGAUGGGGGUAAAUUAACAGUUUUCACAGUGUUAUGUGAGCAAUAUCAACCUUCUCUGAAGAGGGACCCCAUGUAUAAUGAGUAUCUUGACAGAAUAGGACAGGUUUUCUUUGGGGUUCCACCCAAACAAUCCCCUUCAUACGGUGGACUGCUAGGAAACCUGCUGAACAGCCUGAUGGGGUCGGGCGAGGAUGACGACGGGGCUGAGGAAGCUCAGGAGGACAGCAGCCCCAUCGAGCUGGACUGAGCCCUGCAGCCGAGGACGCGGAGAACAAACGAACACACAAAAAAAUAAAAAGAAAGAGGAAAAGACCUCACCGCCUCCCUCCUUCACCUCCACAACAGGGGGUGGGAUCGAGGCGCCCCGGUCUGUGUUUUCAGAGGCGUGCUGUUUCACAAACACCCACCCCCCAAUCCCCUCCUCCCCUCCUCCGUCAUCCCAUCUAGUCCAAAUCAUCAGAACAAGUAACAGGCCGCUAAAACAGCCCUCUCAGCACUGCCUGGACUGACUGCGCCAAACUGCAAACUCUUCCCGUGUUGAAUUAUUGUAAGAUUAUAUUAUUUUAUUUUAAUCAUUAUUUUUUGUGUUAGUUUUGGGACUCUGUUUAGGGUUUAUGGUUUUUAAACAACAACUUACAAACUGUCCUUUCCCUGUGAACACCUGCUCCUAAGACACGGGCGAAUGGUUGGUGUCUCAGAGGAGAGGACAGCACCCCAAGUGAAACCCCUCCUUAUGAUGCUGUUAAUGACAUCAUCAUAAGAGGGUUCAUGUCAGUUCACUACAAUACUCUCACUGUUGUUUGCGAGACAGUCACACAGAGCCGUGGCGUGGGCUGUCGUCGGCAUUUUGUUUUUUUUCAAAAACUUAACUUCCGUUAAGUCUGUUCUGUCAGUAGUAAAUUCAUUUUACUUGUAGUGAAGGCCGCCUUUCAGUUUCUCUUCUCUAGUUUGUCCAUUAGCUUCAUGGACAGAAAACACAACAAAGUUCUGUGUAAGUUAUUAUCAGAGGUCGCUUAGAACCUCCAAUAUCAACCAAACAAACAAACACUUUCUUUUCAGCGUCUCCUCCACUUCACUGGCCGUCACCUUUUUAAGCGAAUAACUGCAAACAUGGGCGAUCUGUAUUGUAAUAGCUCCGAUGUAGACGCCUCUCUUUUUGUUACCGUGCACUUGCAGGACUGCUGCUGAGCUUGUUCGCAUCUCCAAGAGGAAUUUUGUGUGCGUUUGGAUAAAAUCAAAUUUUGGCUUUUUUUUUUUUUUUUUCUUUAGAGUUACCAAGUCAUAAAAAAUGUCUGGCAACAAAGCAUUUGAAGCAUUCAAUGAGUUUGUGUUUUGCAGGUUGUCGGCUCUGAGCGUCUGUCUACGUGUCGCUGUGAAAAAUAAAAAGUCAAAGUUGGGGUUACCCUCCAA